AUGGGUCAAUACAGCUACACACAACAGUCAAGUAGUUCCAUAAAGAGUGAGAGUUCCACUGCUCGGUGUCGAGCAGGUAGAACCUCUGGUUUUCCCAACAGUUGUUACUGCGGUUUAGUGCCAGUUAUCAAAACAUCCACUACUGCCGACAAUCCGGGUCAGAGAUUCUAUGGUUGUCAUAACCAUGCGGAUGGUUUGUACCAUAUAUUCAAGUGGUGGGAUGACGCUAUAAUGGAAGAGUUUGAAGAGAUAAAGGUGGUGGUGGAACAACAAGCUGAUUUAAUUCGUUACUUCAAAAGUAACCAGAGCCAGGCCAUACGGGAUUGUGUUGAUAAACCAACGAUUCGGCAUUGCAUUAAGAAAACAGACAUAGAGCUAGCCUAA